CCGAUUUGUUCAUUCUGACAGAAACGUGAAACGAACUGCUGUCUGCUGAUAACCGCUCGUACUGCGGCAAGAUCUUGUAACCUUUUAUUUUUAUUGAAACUGUUUUAUACAAUUAAAAAAAUCACUCAUGAUUUGCUCAUGAUAAUAAUGAUUUUUCUGCGAUAUAAGUGUGUAUCAGUAGUGUUUGUUUGUUGUGAUUGCCUGUGAGUACAAUACAAAACAGCAAACUGGCGAGCGACAGUGGUGAUAGCAAGUCAAACAUGGCUUCUUCUGCAAGAUUUAUCCAAAGCCCCACCGCAUGGUGUCAGCGGAAGGUGAAUUUAAGGCCCCAGCAUCGGGGCGUACAUUUGGUUACGGAGGAAAUUUUAAGACAGUUACCGGAGUUAAAUUCAUUUGUCAUUGGGUUGUGUCAUAUUCAAAUAUUGCACACGAGUGCUAGUUUAGCUUUAAAUGAAAGUUGGGAUCCAGAUGUACGAGAUGAUAUGGAGAUGAUGUUAAAUAAAAUUGUUCCUGAAGGUUUACCAUACAGACAUUCUUGUGAAGGUCCUGAUGACAUGCCCGCUCACGUAAAAGCAUGCUUUCUGGGUUCCAAUUUAACGAUUCCUAUAACGGAAGGUAAGUUAAAUCUCGGCACGUGGCAGGGCAUCUGGCUCUGCGAACAUCGGGACCAUGCGGGUUCUCGAAAACUGAUGGUUACUCUAAACGGUUGCCUUCGAGACAACGCCUGUACCCCCUUGUCCCCAGUGAGCCCAAUGGCGAGUACCAGCAGUUAGGGAAAGCACUCGGGGCAUUCGCUGUCCAAGCACUGAUUGUCCCGAGUUAUAAUCUAAAAACCUAUAAAGUUCACGUCUAGUGAAAAUCACAGACUUAAAAUAAAUAAAAUAUUACGACAAUAUGUACAUAGUUGUACAUUGUAAUAUACUGUUUUCUUUUUAUAUAGAUAAGUGGGGUUGACAUUAAUUUUACGUGGAACAUUAUUUUCAUUGAACGAAAAUUGGGAGAACUAUUUUUUAAAUUCUUAAAAUUAUUUUGGGAGUUAUAUGAGUGUAAAGCCAAUAUUUUAUUAGUAUUUGUUUUACUACUAAAUUGCUAGACUAAUUAUUAAAGUUCAUUUUUUAAAAUCAUGUAUCAUCUAUUGUGAAAUAAGUGAUUCCAUCACCCAGUGAAGGGAGAUUAUUUAAUAUCAUGUUACAUAUAUUCAAACUAAGCUGUUAAUGCCCGGUUGCACCUUAAGACAUACUUUAAGCUUAAAUAUAAAUGUAAAUCCUUAGGUAUAAGCUGAGCUGGACUAAGCUGGAGCUUAAGAUCUGUUGGUGCAACCAGGCAUAAUAAUAGUAUAAGAGCCCGUACACAGUAUGGGUACGUAUGAGUCUUUACCGCAGCGCUUAACGCCGCGUUUUACCUGUUAAAUGUUUUAUUUAACAGGUUAUCAGGGGUUUUAUCAGGUAAAACGCGGGGUUAAGCGGUGUCAUGUGUAUGGCCUCUAAAAGUACAUAUGAUCUUUGUAAGUAGCCUAUCGAUUAUGUAUGUUCUUUCGUAGUGUGUAAACCAGUUUUUUAUUAUUAAUAAAAUAAAAGUUAAAUGCAAUUACGAGUUUUAAAUAUGUAUUUUCAUUAACUAAUUGUAACAUGGUUGAUUUUAACAGUUUUUUGCUAUAUUAUUUAACAUGUUUAAUAAGAUCGGUAGAUGAUAUGGGACAACUAUAGUCAUAUGCAUGUUUUCAGCUUUUAGGGUACUGACAACAGACAAUAUGUUGAAAACGCAAUGUUUAUACAACUGCACAAUGCUAACCAAAACAUAGCCUCUUUGUUAGUUGUGACUUUCUGGCAUCCAAUUCAUUAUCCAUUUGAUUAUCUGUGUUUAUAAAGUGCUCUAAAGCUAAUGCAAGCGUUCAUGACAUAUGUCACGGAUACAUAAUGUAACAGUUUGAUGAAUUGGUAUUUUUUUUUAAAUACAGUGAUGAGCGCACUAAUAACCGGCAGAAUAACGCAAAAGAUGGAAAACAUAUUAAGUAGUGAGAUAAAAAGAGAUGAACCUAGCGGAUAUGUUAAAUUUAGCGAUAGUAAAUUAUAUAUUGACAUUAUAUUGAUUGUUUCCCACCUUUAGACGUAUUGGACGAGUUUCAGAAAUGCCACUGUCACAGUGACAGUUUUAGUUCACAUACUCCUCUGAUACGUCUAAAGGUGGGAAACAAUCAAUAUAAUGUAAAUUUAUAUGUUACUAUCGCUAAAUUUAACAACUCUACUAGUUUUAUUUCUUUUUAUCUCACAAUUUAAUGUUUUCCAUCUUAGGCGCUAUUUUGCCGGUUAUUAGCGCGCUCAUCACUCUAUAAUAAGGUGUAUGAGUAUCCAUAUCUAGCGAGAAGCCAUGUUAUUAUAUCUUAUCUGAAAUCUAAACGCUGGAAACACUAAUUGGCAAAAUGUAAAGAACUAUAAUUUUAUUGAUGUUUAAUGUUUGUGAGCUCUGAAUAUUAAUCUAUUUAUAUUAAAUGAAACAAAAAAUAUACGUACUCGUAAUUAUUUAUUGUUUAACUUCCGACGAGCGGUUUCGAUCUCUACAAUGUGCAGAGCAUCAUCAGGUCAACGGUUACAAGUAAACUAAAUGCUACAAAUAAAAACCAGAGUUACGACAAUGUCUGGUUGUAAAAAGAUGCUAUAAGAUCAAGCUAAUAUUUAAAAAAUAUAGAAAUUAAAACCACAGCGAAAUACAUAUGUAUGCACACAUACCGGUAAAAACAAACACUCAUAUGCCCGCAAACACAUGCAAAUGUAUGCGGUCUGUGAUUAUGCAAUGUAAACGUGUUGUACUUACAUGCCGUUACAAUGAGUUAUUCUAUAGUCUUCAAUAACAUGAUUUCUUGCUCAAAUUAUUCUAAAAGAAAUUUGAUUGGAUAGACGGACAAUGCUGCAUAGGUUAACAAGUAUAUGGGCAAGUUCUUGAGGGUAGAGAGAAAAGUGGCGAAAGACAGCAAACAAACCUGUGUUUGAAUAUUUUGCUUGUAAAAUGGAAUAAAAAGUGAUAUCUAUUUAAUUUUUAAUAUGUAACGGUUUUAAUGUUUUAUUUAUAUUUAUUAAAAUUCUAUUUAGUUUCUAUUUAGUUAAGUGUUAAUAAUUGUCAGUCCAAACGUUGUCAAUCUUACAAUUAAUAACGCAUAACUAAAUAGAAAUAUGUAUUUUAAUAAAUAUAAAUGAAACAUUAAAACCGUUACAUAUUAAAAAUUACAUAGAUGACAUUACUUUUUAUUCCAUUUUACAAACAAAAUAUCAAACACAGAUUUGUCUGUCUUUCGCCACUUUUCUCUCUACGCUCAAGAACUUGCCCAUAUACUUGUUAACCUAUGCAUAUGCAGCAUUGUCCUCUAUCCAUAUCCAAUCAAAUUCCUAUUACCUAGCAUAAUUUGAGCAAGAAAUCAUGUUAUCGAAGACUAUAGAAAUAACUCCUUGUAACAAUAUGUAACUACAACACGUUUACAUUGCAAAAUCACAGACCGCAUACAUUUGCAUGUGUUUGCGGGCAUAUGAGUGUUUGUUUUUACCGGUAUGUGUGCAUACAUAUGUAUUUUUCUGUGGUUUUAAUUUCUAUAUUUUUUAAAUAUUGGCUUGAUCUUAUAGCAUAUUUUUACAACCAGACAAUGUUCCAACUCUGGUUUUUAUCUGGAGCAUUUAGUUUACUUGUAACCGUUGACCUGAUGAUGCUCUGCAUAUUCUAGAGAGCGAAGCCGGUCGUCGGAAGUUAAACAAUAAAUGAUUGCGAGUAUAUCUGUUUUUACUUCAUUCAAAAUGAACUCGCAUAUGCAACUCUUUCAACAUAUUUAUAUUAGUUCUUCUAAUGAAAGUUUGGGAAUGAUGUUCCACGAUUUAGGUGCUGUGCAUUUAUUUACUAGGUAAUAGGAGUGAUAGUAGAUCGAAAGCAGUAAGGAUAAAUAAAAAAUUGGAAUGUCUUUAAGAAUAAUUCCAAGUGUGUUCUAGAAUGUAAUUGGCGAAAAAAAAGUUUUUAAUUUUUUUCAUACUGUACGCGGUUUGUUGAAAUUUUUCAAGUAGACUGUGGUAACGUAUAUUAGAGCCUCGGAAAAGGAUUUAAUAAUAAAACCUGUUGUUCUGAACGAAUAAGUCACUAACCGUUUAAUCUCAUCUAUAUUUUUGACGAAAUCGAAAAUAUGUAGUAGAACUACAUAUAAUUAUUUAUUUUUUAAGAAUUAGACGGUUUAAUGAUACUCAGAAUUGCAGAACACAUUGUAUUGAAUUACUAAAAAGUAAAAUUGUAAUUUUUAUUUGUUUUUAUUUUUUGUUUUGGAAUUAAAAUUAUAAGUACCUG